GACAGAGCCUGGGAGAGCCGUUGGUUUAAAGAGGAGUUCCAACUCAACUGAGAUUUCCAGCAAAAGGCCUUCUACGGGGACAGACUACUUCCAAUCACAGACCGCACGCAAAAGACUCGUGAGAAUCCAGAGCUUUUUUGCACAGACAAUGGCAAAAGUGAAUUUGAUCGUAGUGGCUCUGGGGGUCACGCUGCUCCUGCUGGCAGAGACGUGGGCCCAGAAUCCCAGGAAGAGGCUGGCGCCUCCGAAGCCUCCCAAGGCUCAGUGCUGCGAUGACGUGCGCUCUCUCAAGGUGCAGGUGGCCAACCUGACCAGCAUCCUCGAGGAGAUAAGUCGCAAGCAGGAGACGGACUUGAUGAGCAUUAUGCGGCAAGUAAUGGAUCUGGACAAGCAGAACCGGCAGCAGGAAGCCCGGGUGACGGAGGCCGAGAGCAAGUACUCGGAGAUCAACAACCGCGUGGAGAUCAUGCAGCUGCAAACCCUGCAGUCUGCCACCCAGACCUCCUCAGAUGCCAUAUAUGACUGCGCAUCCCUGUACAGCAAGAGCUACAAAAUCUCUGGCGAGUACAAGCUGCCUAAAGAUGAGUUUCUGGGGACACCUGAGCUGAGCGUCUUCUGCGAUAUGGAGACGAAAGGAGGCGGUUGGACUCUGAUCCAACGGCGCAAAGUCGGCCUAACAUCAUUCCACCGGGACUGGAAGCAGUACAAAAACGGAUUUGGAUCGAUCCGCGGAGACUUCUGGCUCGGCAACGACCACAUCUUCCGUUUAACAAGGCAGCCCAGUGUGCUCCGGAUUGAGAUGGAGGACUGGCAGGGAGAGACGCGCUACGCUGAGUACGGCUUUUUCACCCUGGGCAAUGAGCUGAACAGCUACAAGCUCUUCCUCGCCAACUACAGUGGGAACGCCGGAGACUCGCUGCGCUACCACAACAACACCAACUUCAGCACCAUCAAGAAGGACAAUGACAAGUGUGUGGAUGACUGUGCGUCCCUGCGCAAAGGUGGCUACUGGUACAACUGCUGCACUGACUCAAACUUGAACGGCGUCUUUUACCGCUACGGUCAGCACAUUACGAAGAACCCAGAUGGGAUCACUUGGUACGGCUGGCACGGGUCCAACUACUCCCUCAAGAAAGUGGAGAUGAAGGUCCGGCUGGUGGAUUUUCGACCAUAAGUGCUUCAGCUGUGUGCGCUGGACCGCGACGAUAUGCAUGAAUGCUGAGCGAUCUCACUAAAUAACCUGUUCAACCAAAUUGUGGCCUUCCCUCGACUGCGAAAGGAAUGAAAAUGUAGUUUGUGACGGUCUGGUUACGUCUCAGUCAGAUGAAUGUGUCAUGUUUGUUGUCAUGUUUGAUUGUAAAUUGUAGUUAAUUUUGUGUAUUUAUCAGUAAAAAACAAAUAUUUUAUUUUUCAAAUGCUUUAAUAGAUGCUCUUUUACCACUGUCCCGUAAGGGUGACUGGAUUUUGAUUCCUUCUCUCGUUUGUCUUGAAAGCACUAGGAUGUAUUUUUUAGUUAACACAAGUAACACAUGUAAGGAUCGUAGCAAGAAUCCAUCCAGAGUGGUCAGGUUCAGGUAUAAAUCAUUAAGGACUGGUAGGAACGAAUACAGAAGAGGGAUCUUUGGGAGUUGCUGGAAUGGGAUCAACCACCGAAGGCAUUUCCUAUGAAUUAAGCUGCCUUUUAUUGUAAAACCCUAACCAUUGAUGAUGGAAAUGUGUCAUUUGUAAAGUGUGUACAGCUCUGUAAUUACAUUGUUUUAUGUGAUAGAAA